UUCAUUCACUCAGUCGAGCACAAUUUGUCAAGAGAAUUGUAUUUGUCUUAUUAGUUUUUUUUUAUUUUAUUUGCCUCUAAUCAAAACUUAAACUACGAAUUGUUUUAAGAAAUGUUUUGAUUUGUAUGUUAGAACCAAUUAAAUGUUACGGUUGAAAUCUACUACGAUAUUAAUAACGGUGAUAUUAUUAGUCAGUGAUUGUGAAAUAAUACUUUAUUAGAUCGGAAUGGACACAAAAUGGAAGAAGAAUUAAGAUGUUUUGUUUGUAAAGAAUUCUACAAAGAACCAGUAUUACUGCCUUGUGGGCACGCGUUGUGUCGGGUCUGUGCAGUUGGCCUACAAAGUCAUUUACCUGAGACAGACAAUGCCUCGGGUACUGCAACAGACUAUCAGGAGGCAGAUAAGGCAUCUGUUUCGAGCGAAACCGAUAGUGGUGUUGUUUGUGGAUCAAGACCUAAUAGUUUUGCGGGAACACCGGCUGCCGCAGUAUAUUCAUCCGCAGCUUUUAGCCUCGUGUGUCCCCAAUGUAACAAACAAGUUUUUUUGGACGACAAUGGAGCCGAAGGGCUACCACCGUUUCGAGUAAUGCGUACUAUCGUAGAGCGAUUCGGUGGUAUAGUAGGAGCGCCGCCUGCCGAAGAAGCCUGUCAGAUGUGUGAAGGUGAAAGGCGAGCGGCCGUGGUUCGAUGUGAACAAUGUUCAGUGAGAUAUUGUGCUGGUUGUCGUGACGCCUGGCACCCUACUCGCGGUCCCCUCGCUCAGCAUGAGUUGCGCGCCCUGGGAACCACUUGCUCAGAUCAUGGAUCGCCACCAGUUCUGUACUGUAACACAUGUUUAGUGCCAAUUUGCCAACGCUGCCUGGCUGAGCGACACUCCGCCCAUGAAACACAGCAGCUUUCUAGUGCAGCUAGAGCUCAUAAGACUGAAUUAUCACAAUCACUCCAGCAGCUUUCAGAACAAGCAAAAGCAAUGACUGAAUAUAUUCAACUAGUCAAAGGAUCGGGAGAUAAAAUUAAUGAAUCAUGUGAAGAAUUAGAAAGACAAAUAGAUCAGGCCUGUGCAGAAGUUACACGUGCAAUAGACCGUCGCAGAGAUGAGCUGGUCAGAGCAGCUCGGAAUACCCGUUCACAGGCCAUUGCAAAUAUGCGCUCACUCACUUCCCAUGCUGCACAGAAGUUACGUGAAGCCACUGCAUUAUUGCAUUUUUCCAUAGAGGCUCUGAAGGAAUCAGAUCAUGCUGCUUUCUUACAGGUGGGUAGCAUCCUGUCGACUCGCGCCCAAGAGACGGCUGCGGGUCUCUGCUCGUCGCUGGAGCCGCCGCCCGCGCCGCCCGCACUCACGCUAGACAUCGAGCCUGCCAUACGUACUGUCAGAACUAUGAAUUUCGUCGAGUGCAUACCGCCGGGCGCGCCGGAGAUGGCUGUGGAGGCGUGCAUUGACACAUUGUUGCAGGGCGACAUCGCGUUCACGGGUCUGCGCGGCGCGUUCUACCCGGCCGUGUCGCUGAACCGCGGCGUCGCCGUCACGCUGCAGCCCGGCCUGCAGCCGCCGCCAGACCUGCUGCUCGACACCCUCGCCAUCGAAUAGCAUUGCAGA